AAGAACCUCCCUAUAAAUCGACGCACACGGGAGGGCCGCUCUCCCUCUCUCUCUCACCUCAGCAGCAGGGACUCCAGCCGCAAUGGCCCUUCUUCGGUGCCCACCCAAUUCGCUCGCCAUAACCGCGCUCCACCUCACCAUCUUCUUCCUCUUCUUCCUCGUUCGUCCGCAACGAGCAAGCUCGGAGCAGCAGCUAUGGAACACCACCGCCGCCCUGAGAGGCCGGAAGCAAACCGGCGGGUGCAAUCUGUUCCAGGGCAAUUGGGUGGUGGACGCCUCCUACCCUUUCUACGAAUCCUCGUCGUGUCCCUUCAUCGACCCGGAGUUCGACUGCCAGAAAUACGGCCGGCCCGACACCCAAUACCUCAAGUACGCCUGGAGGCCCGACUCCUGCGCCAUUCCCAGGUUUAAUGGAGGGGAGCUGCUGAGGUGGAGGGGGAAGAAGAUAAUGUUCGUGGGGGACUCGCUGAGCCUGAACAUGUGGGAAUCGCUGUCGUGUAUGAUCCAUGCGUCGGUGCCCGGCGCCAAGACCAGCUUCGCCAGGAAGGAAUCUCUCUCCGCGGUCACUUUCCCGGACUAUGGAGUGAGCAUUUUUCUGUAUCGCACGCCCUACUUGGUGGACAUAGUCCGAGAGAACAUUGGGCGAGUUCUCAAGCUCGAUUCCAUCGAGGCGGGAAAAUCGUGGCAAGGGAUGGACGUGUUGAUCUUCAACUCAUGGCACUGGUGGACCCACACCGGAAAAUCUCAGCCGUGGGACUAUAUACAAGAUGGGGGCAGAGUGGUUAAAGACAUGGACCGUCUAAGUGCUUAUUACAAGGGGCUGAGCACAUGGGCCAAAUGGGUUGAUCUCAAUGUUGAUUCUUCAAAGACCAAAGUCUUCUUCCAGGGAAUCUCUCCUACUCAUUAUCAGGGCAAGGACUGGCACUCACCAAAGAAGAACUGCAUGGGAGAGCAAUCACCCCUCUCUGGCUCGACAUAUCCAACCGGUGCUCCUCCAGCCACCUCUGUGGUGAACAAAGUAUUGAAUAGUAUGAAGACUCCGGUGUAUUUGCUGGACAUAACUACGCUGUCACAAUUGAGGAAGGACGCGCACCCCUCCACCUACAGCGGCGACCACUCCGGCACCGAUUGCAGUCACUGGUGCCUUCCUGGUCUGCCCGAUACCUGGAAUCAGCUCCUAUAUGCAGCUAUAGUGAUGUGAAAAUAUCGACAUUCAUCAUAGUUGUAUUUUCGAAAUCAUUGAUUGAAGGGCCAAAAAACAUGACCUCCAUUAGUGGAUGACAAUUGUUAAACAGAUCGACUGUAAAGUACACAACCCGUGGUGUAUACGUGCUCUACCUAAUCUGACGCAAUAUUUCCAUUGUGCAAACAGACAGUAUUUCAAGAAAGGUUAUGUUUUAGCAGAUUUCUUUUACAAUAGUUGUACACAGGAGGGGAAGCAAUAAAACAUGGUAAUACCCUAUUGGUUUUUAAGUUGUUUA